ACAGAGAAAAACUAAAAACUUAUAAACAAAAUUAAAAUAAAUUAAAUUUCCACUUAGUAUAAAAAUUCCCCCACUUCUUCCAUCUCUCAUCUCUUACCUCAUUCCCUUUUCCCUUUUCUACCCUCUCAACACUUUUCUUCUCCCCCCUCCACUUCCCAAAUUACAAUUAUAAUUUAAAUUAAAUAUACAGAACUUUCCUAAAAUAGUGUUGAUAGGAUGAUGAAUAUAGCAAGGAACGGCAUCGUUUCGAACCGGCGAUGGAAGUCGGAAUCUGGAAUUGAUUUGGAUUCGCAAGCCGAAGCUCAUGUUCUAGCUGUUGAUGACAGUCUCAUUGAUCGUAAAGUUAUUGAGAGAUUACUCAAAACCACUUCCUGUAAAGUUACGGCAGUUGAUAGUGGAAUGAGAGCUUUGCAGUAUCUUGGAUUAGUUGAAGAUCAGAGAAGCUCCGUUGUUGAUGGAUUGAAGGUUGAUUUAAUCAUAACUGAUUACUGUAUGCCUGGAAUGACGGGAUAUGAACUCCUCAAAAAAAUCAAGCAGGAAUCAUCAAGUUUCAAGGAAACUCCGGUAGUAAUCAUGUCUUCCGAGAAUGUUAUGGCGCGAAUCGACCGAUGUUUUGAAGAAGGAGCAGAGGAUUUCAUACUAAAGCCAGUGAAAUUAUCCGAUGUGAAACGGAUUAGAAACUACAUGAGUAAAGAAGAUGGAUCCAACGGUAGAGAAAGCGGGAUCAAUAAAAGAAAACACAUGGAAGGCUCAGAUCACUCCUCUACUGAUUCUGAAUCACCUCCUUUAUCAAGAUCUCCAUCGUCCGAUUCAUCAUCAUCAACCUCAUCAGAGUAUCCUCUCUCCUCGUCGCAAUCACCACCAUCAACCCCUCUCUCCCCUUGUGAGCCGUUAGAUUUACCAACAACACCAUCUUCCCCCUCUGGACCGUUGGAUUGCCUUACACCUGAUUCUCCCUCUCCUGAACAAUCUGAACCGUUGGAUUCACCAACUAGACGCCUUAAGAUGAGUCUCUCUGACCUUCCUGGGCCCACCUCUUGAUCGGUCGGUCCAGGUUGGAUAUUGUUUUAUAUUAUGGGAGAAAAAAGCCGGCAAAAUUGGAGAAAUGUCCGUCCAGAGUAUCAAUGCGUUUUUUUUUGCUUGCCGGCGUUUCGGUACAUCUAACGUUUUUCUUUCUUUUUUUAAUUUUACUUUUUGUAUUUUGUGAUGUUUUUUAAAAUCUUUUUUGGACGGAAAAUUAUAGGAUUACUUAAUUAUGAUACUAAAAUUAGCUUAAGAAUUCCUUUAAUUUCCACUGUAAAGUAAUGGAACCACCCGUUUUGGAUUA